AUGGAAACCAGCAAAGAAGAGAAGCUUGUAUUUCUUGACCGCGUUUCUCGAGCAACGAGAGGGAAACGGAUGACCAAGUUGCUUGAUGAGGAGAUUGAAGAGGAUGAGCUGUUUUGGAAUCAGGAUGCUCUUAAAGAGGAUGAGAAUGAUGACAAUUAUGAGGAAGAAGGAGAGGUUGCUGAUGUUUUUGACAGUGACUUUGAUGAAGAUGAACCUGAUCUGGACGAAGAGGCAGAACAUGAACCAGAAGAAAGAACAAGGAGGAAGAAGCGAUUAAUAUUUCCAGGGAAGCAACUGGCAAAGAAGAAAAAGAAAAAGGUCCUUUCAAAACUAGAACAAGAUUCCCAGGAUGAAAAACCUCCUGAGCAGGCUACUGUCCCUGAACAUCAUGAAGUGCCUGAUGAUAUAGAAGAGGAGAGGAUAGUCAGGAAGUCUACUAGAACUUCAGUGAUUGUUAGGCAAGCAGAAAGAGAUGCAAUACGCGCAGCAUUGCAAGCAACAAUGAAGCCCAUAAAAAGGAAAAAGGAAGGUGAAGAAAAGAGAAUGACCCAAGAAGAAAUGCUUCUGGAAGCAGCUCAAACAGAAAUCAUGAACUUGAGGAACUUGGAACGGGUGCUAGCAAGGGAGGAAGAAGUUAAGAAAAGAGCAGUUGUGCACAAAGCAGUUUACAGUGGCCCUCAGAUACGAUAUCUUUCUAGAGAUGGCCGUUCAUACCUGGAAUUCCAUAAUGGAGCCUCGUUUGAGUCAGAGAUGUCUACAACAUCUGCUUCAUGUGAGUACUGUGGUUUUAUAGCUCACAUAUAUGUUGCAAUUACAUCAGACAAUUUGUUUAGUAAUAGUUUUUGUAGUGCCAUAUUGCCUGCAAUUGCUGAUGAAACAUGUCUUGUUCAAAAUCUGAAUAUGUUAAAAUGCUUCAUUGUUGAUCUUUAG